AGAAACCUUAGAACUCAUAUUUCCACAGACAAGCAACAAUCAGCCUACUCUUAACAUUAUUAUCAACACCACACUUACAAUAUACUACUCUCACCCAAGCUAACAAUCAUGUCGACAAUGCAGCGUCUCGAAGCCACCAAGCAAGGAGGCCCCUUGACCCUCGUCACCAUUCCCAAGCCCACCCCCAACGACCACGAAGUCCUCAUCCGUACCAAAGCCGUCGGUCUCAACCCAGUCGACGGGAAAUCCCUGUACUACGGCGUCGCCAUCGAAUCCUGGCCCGUCGUGCUGGGCCUGGAAAUUGCAGGCGUCGUCGACUCGGUCGGCCCGGCUGUCACGAGUUUUCAGCCUGGGGACGAGGUGUUUGCCUGGUCGAGUCGGUUCGGACUCGGCGCCAAGGGCGCGGCCUUCCAGGAGUUUGUAGUGGCUUUGGAUAGCAGCGUGGCCAAAAAACCUGCUUCGUUGACCUUGGAGGAGGCUGCCUCGAUCCCGAUCGGUUUCGUCACCGCUACAUCAGCCAUAGUUGUCGGCCUCGGAGUCCCCCUCCCAGGCCUGGGAACCACCAAGCUCGACCAAGCCACAGCCCCCAAAUCCGUCCUCGUCCUCGGCGGCAGCUCCGCCGUCGGAGGCCACGCCAUUCAGCUCCUGCGCAGGGCCCUCGGCACGUCUGCCACCAUCGUCGCGACCAGCUCUCCGCAGCACCAUGGCUUCCUGACCAAGGAGCUGGGCGCCUCAACCUGCAUCGCCCGCGCCGACCAGAGCAACGUCGACAUCCUCAAAGGAACCACCCCUGGAGGUGCCGGGUUCGAUGCUGUCCUUGACUGUGUCGGGGCUGUGGUGGAGCAGCCGCAGAUUCUCGAGGCGUUGCGGGCCGACGGGCCCAAGUUGUUCUCAGAGGUCGUCACGGGUCUUGCGGAGGUCUCUGUGCCGCAGGGGACGAAGCAUGCCAAGGUGCUGGGGAUGCAGGUGUUCCAGACGGACGGAGGGGCUGACGUAAUAUCGUAUGCCACUAAACUGCUGGAGAGCGGGGAGCAGAAGUUGCCUGUUAAGAUUGAGGUUGUGGGGACGGGCCUGGAUGCUGUAGAGGGAGGAAUCCAGAAGUUGAUGAAGGGGGUUAGUAGAACCAAGAUGGUUGUGACUAUUUGA